AUGGCCGCCGCGUACAGCACAGGAGCAAGCUGGUCAUUUCCAGCGGACAUUCCCGGAACAUUCGGGCAGGAAGGGCAAGCGGAGCAGAAAGCACGAGGAGGAGAACAGAAUACUGCUCCUCCUGGCGMACCGAAGCACGAUGGCGACGACGAACAACAACCGCAGCAGCCGAAGAACGAGCCCACAUCCACUGCAGAGCCACCGCCGCGACGCGCGAGGACCCACUAUCCACCCCGCCAGUGCCGUAUAUGUCUCGAGGUAGUGCACCCAACUAUCCACCAGGACACUGCCUUGCCUCUGCCUGAUGCACUCCGGCCGCUGCCGCGUGUCACCUACGAGAGUGAAGACGGUCGGCUCAUGAGUCCUUGCAAAUGUAAAGGCAGCCAGAAAUAUGUCCAUGAGGCCUGCCUAAACGCCUGGCGCCGCGCCGAUCCUACACAGAAGCGUAAUUAUUGGGAGUGCCCGACUUGUCGCUACCGGUAUCGGCUGCAGCGCUUGACGUGGUCUUCCUGGAUCAGUAGCACUACCGCACAAGUCGGUUUGACGCUGUUGAUCUUUCUCGUUAGCAUCUUCCUGCUGGGCUUCGUUGCUGACCCGAUCAUCAACAUGUACCUUGAUCCCGUCGACACAAUCGCUACCCGUGGUGGGCCAACGGGGUCCCUCAUAUAUGAGGACGAGGAUGCGACCUGGUUGGAGCAUUGGGCUAAGGGAGUGGCUUCGCUUGGACUGCUCGGCUUUGCUAAAUUCAUGUUCACCCUUUCGCCCUUCCACGUCAUCCGAACGGGCGGCAUGGGAAGAAGUGCAGCUGGCGGGAGCGGUAGAGACAGACUUCAACAACUCGGAUGGGUCGCCCUGCUCGUUGGUAUCUGCACAUUCCUGUUUGCGGUUUGGAAAGGCGUACGUGCGUGGAGUCGAAAGACACUUCAGUCUGCUGGAGACCGCGUUCUUGACGUUCCGGGGCAGACUGACGAUGAUGACGGAGAAGACUGA